GGGAAGGUUUUAGUGUUGGGUACUCAAGCUCAGACUCGAGUCCAAUUUUUAAUGGACUUGCACUUGUCACGGAUUUGGAUGCAUUUUUACUCGGACUCGAACCUUUGGGACUUGAAAAAUAUUGUACAAAUGAGUCCAGCACUGUCUGUGAAAUUCGCUCGGGACAGAUGAUGGAAAUGUCACUGGCCCGGUUUCAAACAAACUAUUAAAAGUCACUGGACUACAUAAAAACAAGUUGACAAGACUUUGCAGUAUUCAUCCAAACACUGUGAUCAGUUGUAAAAACACAGGAAGUAACUCUGGCAAAUAUACAACUACUACAAUCACGUGAUCAGUACGCAAGUACAAGUCACAUGACUUAAGUUAACCACAUAGUAUGCUUGCCAGUGUAGAUGGUAUUUCUCACCACUUAGGGUGGUACCGCUCCUCCUCCCGAGGUGGAGCACUCUGGCCUUUCCAUGCAGUUCCGUGGCAUCAUUUCUAAGAUAGCAUUAUAUACGUGGGACAGAUGAUGUCUCAAACCCCCUCCUCUAUUCAAUGAGGUACUCUCCACCUUCACAUGAAUCACCUCCUUUAUGCCUUGUUCAAACCACCUGACUUCUCUGUCCAGAAUCCUCACCUCAUGGUCAUGUAAGCUGUUUCUUUUGUUGUAGGUACAUGUAAACUGCUGAGUCCUGCCCCGAAGAUCUAGCUCGUCUAUGCUCAGCCAUGUGUCGAUGAAGUGGCUGUUUUGUUUCCCCAAUAUACAGAUCCUCACAUUCGUCACUGCACUUAACUUCAUACACAAUAUUACUCCUCUGAUGUUUAGGAAUCCGGUCCUUUGGAUGAACCAAACAAUGUCUCAGUGUAGUCCUUGGUUUAAAAUACACAGGAAUGUUGUCUGGAGAAAAUCUUUCUGAACUUCUCAGAUACUCCAGCCACAUACAGAAUAACCACAUGGUUUUUUUGGACCAAACCUUUUCCCUUGAUUGUUUUUUGAUCUUCCUUUUCCGUCUUGUAUAGGUUUUUAAUAAAUGCCCAAUCUGGAUAACCGCAGUUCUUCAGUGCAUGCUUAAUGUAGUUACUCUCUUGUUCUCUGGCCUCAAGAAAUAUGGGUAUACUCUCCGCUCAAUGUUGUAAGGUGCAAAUCACACCCAGUUUUUGUUCCAAGGGGUGGUGUGAAUCGAGCAUAAGAUACUGGUCUUUUUGGGUACAGCAUGUACUGGGCACCACGUGUACUGGCCCGAUUGUUUCAGUACCACAUCGUCAUGAAAAUCUAUUAUAUGAAUGUGUUUUUAAUUGUUGUCAGUAUAAAAGUUUAAGUAAUUUUAACCCUUGUGCAUCCGUAAAAAAAAAAAAUUACACAUAGGUGGAUAGUGGACAAAAAUGUCCAUGUCAAAAAAGUCAUAAUUUGAAUCUUGGGAGCACUGACUUAAGUUUGGUCUCAAUUUUAAGAAGACCCUUGGCAGAUUAUUGUUGAAGUAAAAAAGUGAAAUAAAAAAAAAGUUAGAGAUGUUUAAGUUUAUAAAAAAAGUGAUUUAUGGACAUUAUUUUAUAUAAAAAAUAUAUUUUUUUAUUCAAACAUUUUGAGCUCUAAAACUGCUAGAAAAACAAAGCCAUAAAUCUAAACAAGUUGUGUUAUAAAUUUUAGGUUAAUAUCUCAAAUAAAUGUGCUUUCAGUAAAAUUUUGUUUGGGCGCAUUGCCAAACUUUCCCCAUUAGAUGCCAACAAAACUGCACUGGUGAACACACCGGUUGAAUUUGUGAUUUGCAGUAGAGUUUUUCUCUCUCAAAUUUUACAAGCACACACACAAUUUUUUUUAUUACAUGCAUACAAACCACACUCUGACAUCCACACCAACACACCAAUAUAUCCAAUUGGCUCUAUAAUAUACAUAAGCAGAAAACAGGAAUAAAGCGAGUAUUUGCUUUAUAGUCCAUACCUGAGCAAAUGACACCAUCUGGUAAAAAAUAGUAAAAAUUAAAAUUUUGAAGCCUUGCCAACAGAAUGAAAACCUAUUAACAAAGAUAGGAACUAUUUUAUGCACCUAGUACAAAAAAAAUAAAAAAAUAAAAACAAAUAAGGAAGUGGGGUGAAAUCGUAAAAUUCCAAAAAAAAAUAAAAAAUACACACCUGUGCCAAAAGAUAUGCAGUUGGCAUUAACACAAGCAACAAGAUAAAAAAACACAACUGAUAAAGACAAAAAUAUCCAUAAGGAUGCACAAAGGUUAAAUUGUUAAAGCGCAAUAAGACGCGAAAGAGAACUGAAUUUGGUACUUGCACGCUGAUGCUUUAUUACAUUAUGAGGUGCUACAGUGGUUCCUAUCAUAAAGAAUGAACACAUUAAUCUAAAGGAUUAAACUAAAUGUGUUAUCUUUUACAGUUCAGUCCAACAGAAGAGCCCAAACCAGAGUCCAGCUGUGUGUCUAUGAGGAGUAACUGGUCUAUGGAUACGCCAGAAAAGUUUAGGAGUGAAGACAAACAGCCUGAUCUCAGUUCAGUCCAACAGAAGAGCCCAAACCCAGAGUCCAGCUGUGUGUCUAUGAGGAGUAACUGGUCUAUGGAUACGCCAGAAAAGUUUAGGAGUGAAGACAAACAGCCUGAUCUCAGUUCAGUCCAACAGAAGAGCCCAAACCCAGAGUCCAGCUGUGUGUCUAUGAGGAGUGACUGGUCUAUGGAUACGCCAGAAAAGUUUAGGAGUGAAGACAAACAGCCUGAUCUCGGUUCAGUCCAACAGAAGAGCCCAAUGAAAAGUGACUGCUCUAUGGACACGCCAGAAAAGUUUAAGAGUGGAAACAAACCUAAUCUCAGGUUUGAGGAAAAGAGCUCACACCCAGAGUUCAGCUGUGUGUCUUUGAAGAGUGACAAAUCUAUGGCGUCACCAAGGAAUUUUAAGAGUGGAGACCAACGGCCUGAUCUCAGGAUUGAGGAAAAGAGCUCACACCCAGAGUUCAGCUGUGUGUCUAUGAAAAGUGACAAAUCUAUGGCUUCACCAAGGAAUUUUAAGAGUGGAGACCAACGGCCUGAUCUCAGUUCAGUCCAGCAGAAGAGCUCAAACCCAGAGUCCAGCUGUGUGUCAAUGAAGAGUAACAGAUCUAUGGAUUCGUCAGAAAAUUGUCGGAGCAGAAACACACGGCGUAAACUUGGGUUUGAGGAGAGCUCAAAACCCGAGCCACGAACGUUUAAGAGUGGAGACAAACGGCCUAAUCCCAGUUUUCAAACCAGUUCAGUACAGCAGAAGAGAUCAAAACCAGAGUCCAGCUCUGAGCCACCACAGAGUGAAGACACACAGCCUGAUCUCAGCCAUGCCUGUAAACCUGCUGACGUCCUCAACACAUUGAGAUCAAAUCUGAGGAAGAAGUUUGAGUGUUUGUCUGAGGGAACAGCACAGAAGGGAAACCCAACACUCCUGAAUGAGAUCUACACAGAGCUCUACAUCACAGAGAGUGAAAGUGGAGAGAUCAAUAAUGAGCAUGAGGUGAGACAGAUUGAGACACAGUCCAGGAGAGCAGAAACAGAGGACACACCGAUCAAAUGCAGUGACAUCUUUAGACCUUUACCUGGACAAGACAAACCCAUCAGAACUGUGCUGACAAAGGGAGUCGCUGGCAUUGGAAAAACAGUCUCUGUGCAGAAGUUCAUCCUGGACUGGGCUGAAGGGAAAGAGAAUCAGGACAUCCAGCUCAUAUUUCCACUUCCUUUCAGAGAGCUCAACUUGAUGAAGGACAAAACACUCAGCCUUUCAGAUUUUCUUCAUGUCUUUUUCCCUGAAACAAAAGAAAUGGAAAUAUCCAGUGGCAAAUAUAAAGUGUUGUUCAUCUUUGAUGGUCUGGAUGAGUGUCGUCUGUCUCUGGAUUUUCAGAGCGAUGUGAGGUUGUGUGAUGUGACUGAAUCAGCCUCAGUGGAUGUGCUGCUGAAGAACCUCAUUGCGGGGAAUCUGCUUCCCUCUGCUCUCAUCUGGAUCACCUCCAGACCAGCAGCAGCUGAUCUCAUCCCCUCUAAGUGUGUCCAUCGAGUGACAGAGGUACGAGGCUUCAGUGAGCCACAGAAGGAGGAAUACUUCAGGAAGCGAAUCAGUGAUCAGAGACUGGCCGACAGGAUCAUCUCACACCUGAAGUCAUCAAGGAGCCUCUUUAUUAUGUGUCAAAUCCCAGUGUUCUGCUGGAUCUCAGCCACUGUUCUAGAGAAGAUGUUGAGUGAAGCAGAGAGAGGAGAGAUUCCCAAGACUCUCACUCAAAUGUACACACACUUCCUGCUCAUUCAGACCAACAUCAAACAUGAGAAGGACUAUGAGAAGAAAGUGAAAGAUGAAGAAAUGAUAGUCAAACUGGGAAAACUGGCUUAUCAGCAGCUUGUGAAAGGAAACCUGAUCUUCUAUGAGGAAGACCUGAGAGAGUGUGGCAUUGAUGUGACAGAAGCAUCAGUGUACUCAGGAUUGUGCACUCAGAUCUUCAGAGAGGAGUUGGGCUUGUAUCAGGGGAAAGUCUUCUGCUUUGUUCAUCUGAGCAUUCAGGAACAUCUAGCAGCUCUAUAUGUGCAUCUCUCCUUUAUAAACAAGAACAUCAAUGUGUUUGACCAGAUUACCCAACCAACUAAUGGAGACAAAGUUUCACUAUCUGAUCUCCAUCAGAGAGCUGUGAAUGAAGCUUUAGACAGUAAAAAUGGGCAUCUGGACCUUUUCCUUCGUUUCCUUCUUGGUCUGUCAGUGGAGUCUAAUCAGAGUCUCUUACAAGAACUAAUGAAACAAAGAGGAAACAGUUCUUACAACAAUGAGAAAACAGUUGACUAUAUUAAAGAAAAGAUCAGUGAGAAUCCCUCUCCAGAUAAAUACAUCAAUCUGUUUCACUGUCUGAAUGAACUGGGUGAUGUUUCACUAGUGAGCGAAGCUCAACCUCGCAUGAGACAGGGAGGAUUACGUAAUCUAAAACUCUCCUCAUCUCAGUGGUCAGCUUUAGUUUUUGUGUUGAUGACCUCAGACGAGGCAAUGGAUGAGUUUAACCUGAGGAGCUUAAUCGGAGCAGAACAUGAUGAUGAUGGAUAUGUCACCCGGAAAGCAGAAAAUACAGCAGAUGAUGUUCUUCAAAAGCUGGUGCCUGUGGUUACAGCAACUAGAUCAGCUGAGUUGAGUAAGUGUGGUAUCACACACAAAGGUUGUGAUGCUCUGGCUUCAGCUCUGAAAUCAAACCCCUCACACCUGAGGCAACUGGAUCUGUCUGAGAAUAAAGUAGGAGACUCAGGAGUGAAGUCUCUCUCUGUUGUACUGGAGAAUCCUCACUGUAAAUUGGAGACUUUUAGGUUGUGGAAAUGUGGUAUUACGGAUAGAUGUUGUGAGGCUCUGGCUUCAGCUCUGGGAUCAAACCCCUCACUCCUGAUAGAACUAGUACUGUCAGAUAAUAAACUAGACAAAGGAGUGACGCUGCUCUCUGAUGGACUGAAAAAUCCUCACUGCAAACUGAAGAUUUUGAGGUUGAGUUACUGUGGUGUCACAGAUAAAGGAUGUGCUGCUCUGGCUUCAGCUCUGAGAUCAAACCCUUCACACCUGAGAGAACUGGAUCUGUCUGGGAAUAAAUUAGAAGACUCAGGAGUAAAACCGCUCUUUGAUGAACUGGGGAAUCCUGAUUGUAAAGUGGAGAUUUUGAGGUUGAUGAAGUGUGGUGUCACACAUGAAAGUUGUGCUGCUCUGGCUUCAGCUCUGAGAUUAAACCCCUCACAUCUGAGACAACUGUAUCUGGCUAUGAAUAAUCUAGGAGACUCAGGAGUGAAGCCGCUCUUUGAUGUACUGGGGAAUCCUGACUGUAAAGUGGAAAAACUGUGGUUGUUGGAUUGUGGUGUCACAGAUGAUGGUUGUGCUGCUCUGGCUUCAGCAAUGAGAUCAAACCCCUCACACCUGAGAGAACUGAAACUGUCAUAUAAUAAUCUAGGAGACACAGGAGUGAAACUGCUCUCUAAUGGAUUGGAGAAUCCACACUGUAAGCUGGAGGAACUGUGGUUGUAUAUUUGUGGUGUCACAGAUGAAGGUUGUGUUGCUCUGGCUUCAGCUCUGAGAUCAAACCCCUCACACCUGAGAAAACUGGAUCUGGCUGGGAAUAAACUAGGAGACUCAGGAAUGAAGCUGCUCUCUGAUCUGAAGGAUGAUCCACAUUAUAAACUGGAGACACUAUGGACUAGUAUUAAAUAACAGUCCGAUCUUCUCAUGAUCAUCUGAUGGUGAAUAGGGAUCCACUACAGAUACUCCCAGUCAACAGAAUUAACAGCGACUGAAGAUGCAGUGGCUUCACAUAAUUUAAGACUUUAUAUAAAUUUCAACAAUCCUGUGACAGACCUGAUGAGGUGGCAGUGAAUUACAGAUUUUCACAGAUUUACCAUUUUAUUUGUACAAACACACAGUAUAAAUUCAGAAAGGUUGGAGUUUUGUUAGAGAGUAAAUAUAGACCCUGAAUGUGUUUGUGUUGUACCAGCAGAGGGUGACAAAGACUAAUGAAUGAUUCAUUUUUCAUGAUUAUGAAAGAAAAAAAAGUGUUCAAGCUCACACAUAAUGGAAACUUAAGUGAAACUUAAUACAUUGUGUUUUUAAUAGGGCUGUCAAAAUAACUUGUUAAUGCAUGUUUUUUCACUUGUUUUUUUCCGUUUAACUUAAUUGCAUUAAAUAUUUUUAAUACAAUUAAUGCAGCAUCUGUUUUUUCUUUCAUCCUUUGGCUGGUGUUACUUUUUUUACAUUAGUAUUUGUGCAAAUGCUUUUAAACUUUAAAAUUUUGAAAUUAUUUUGAACUUUUGUAGCUUUAACCCUUAAAGACAGAGACAGCCGUCUACGUCAAAAAUAACUAUUGUUAUUAAAUGUUUAAUAACAUUUGAACCACUAAUCCAAUCUGUAUGAUUUAAAAAUCUUUAUAAUUUCACUGAGCUUUCCUGUAGCUCAGUGAUUAGAGCAUGGCACUAGCAAUGCCAAGUUCAUGGGUUCAAUCCCAGGGAUUGCAGAAAAUUACAUACUAAAAAUGUAUAGUAUAAUGCAAUGUAAGUCGCUUUGGAUAAAAGUGUCUGCCAAAUGCAUAAAUGUAAAUGUAAAAAGUCUUAAAGAGGAGAUUCCCAGCUUUUCUGAGGUAUCUCGUUUGUCUGACAUUCAACGGCUCCAUAGUGAACGUGAUUGUUUUGAUCAGCAUUGAUUUGUCAAAAAAACUUGUGUGGGUUCUUCCUCUGAGCCAAACAGGAACAAUUGUUGAUGCUUAGUCCCACCGCUGUGCCCAGAUUGGUGUGUUUAUGUAAAUACUUAUAGUUUGUUAAAGUCAUUUGCACUGUUCGUAUUUUUGUUGCACAAGACAAUUUUCACAAUUGUUUUCAUUACUUGCUUCACUGUUUGUGUUUGUUCAUGUUCAGAUUGAAUGAAUGUGUGUAUAUAUGUAUGUAUAUGUAUGUGUACAUAAAUGUAAAUAUGUAAAAA